AUGACGACGAGCGUCGCGCCCAGCCAUGUCACCUUUAUCCGUCCCCAAGCUCCCCCUCCUCUCCGUAUCCCAGAUGUCGACUUGAACGAUGGUGAAUCGCCGUCCUCGGCUGCCCCCGUCCCCUUUCCCCGCAUCUCUCAGCGUCGCAAGCUUUACAGAGGUGUCGGCACCCAGCCCUGGCAUCACAAAGCAUCCUCCGAUUCAGACUCGGACAGCGAAACCAGUCAGACUCGUACCGCAAAGCAAAAGAGCCCAGUCCACCACAACCCUGAGAUCAUGCCGGGGUUCGAUCCCAAGCGCACCUACUCCGAGUCGCAGCUCUACUCGCCCAACCCGUCCCUCCUGACGGCCUUUGGGACACCAUUGAUUCGCAAAAAGAGUGGCCAGGUCGUCAAGAGUGCCCUCAAGUCGCCCAGCACCAGCUCGUAUGGUGGCUCUUCGCCACGCACGAGCGUGCCCCCUACACCCACCUCGGACAAGUCUGUCAAGUUUGAUGAGCAACUCGAGCAUGUUCGUCUCUUCCUCAAGGAACAGAGACCCGCCGCCGUUUCCCGCGAGGGUUCCCCCCACGACUCGGAGACGUCUGACAAUGAUACCCUCGGCCAGCAAUCCGAUGGCGUCUAUCGCUCGAGUGAGGACGAAAGGCUGCGAUCCAAGCUGGUCAUGGAGACGGUCAAUAUCCCUCUCCGCAAUGCCAUGGAGUCGACACAGCAGCGUCUGGGCGAUCUCGACAUUCGACUCGAGCAAGUCGCCCUCUCUCACGACAAUCGUGCCGUCGAGGGCACCGUCCUCGUGCGCAACAUUGCCUAUGAAAAGUGGAUUGCCGUUCGCUUUACAUACGACUGGUGGCAGACGACGAGCGAGGUCACGGCCAAAUACUCAAAGUCGUUUCCCGAGGAGAAUACGGAUCUGUUCUCGUUUACCAUUCGUCUCCCCGAGGUCACAAAGCGGAUAGAGGACAAGCGACUCUUUUUUGCUCUCCGCUAUACGGCUGGUGGCCGCGAAUGCUGGGACAAUAACCGUGGCUCAAACUAUCAACUUCGCUUCAAGACGGAGACAAAGGUCCCGGCCGUUAUCGCCUCGUCGUCGUCGUCGUCCUCCUCCCCCCGCUCCUCCUCAUGGGCUAUCAAUUCGUCGGCAGACAAGUCGAUCGCCGACCUCAAGCGCGAGCUCGAAAAGGUCGCGCGCGCAAACGCCGACGGCGACGACGACGACAAGGACCCUAGCGAUGUGCGAUCGUGGAACGUUCUCACUGCCAAAUUGCGUGCAAAGAAUAUGCAUACCGAAGAGAGUCGCGAUAUCAAAAAGGGUCUCGACCUCUCCAGCCGCUACAACUUUAAUACGAGCUCCAAGGAACGAUGGCAAGCGCCCAAGGACUUGCCUCGAUAUGGCGGGCCACCUCCAGAAACCGUGGCCAUUCCCUUCCCGUCUGGCCGCCCGACGCACAUCAAGUCGAGUUCGACCCCCGCCUUGGGACAGGCCUCGUGGCGUUCACCUCGUGGAUCACCGCGCGACCAUGGCUCGGAAUCCACCGCCAGCUCUCCCAAAUUUUUCAUCGACCCGCGCGAUGCCAGACGGUCUGGUGGUGGCAUUGGGCAGAGCUCGCCUGGAGGCUCGCGCGUCCGCCAUCACCAGCGUGGUGGAUACUUUGAUUCGUACAUGGAGGGACUCUCGGGGCCGAUCUUGACGCCUACGACUGGCGAGACACUUUCGACGCCCAUGGCGAGCGAAGACGGCAGCCUGGACAUGUCGACCUCGUCCAGCGUCGAUUCGGCCGUCACCGUCACUGCCCCUUCGUACCCCUCAGAGAAGAGGGACGCACAGUCGCAGCAGCAGCAUCAACCUAUGCCAAGUGUCACGAUCACAGAAGAUAAUUCUGAGACGACAUCCGAAUCGGAGAGCACGAGCUCGACGACUUCGGAUUCGCAAGUCACGGGCACGACUUCGCCCAUGAACAACGAAGACGCUUCCACGAUGGUCGGCAUCGAGCAGCAGCAGCAGCAGCAGCAGGCACGCUCGGCGAUACGGUUCAAUUCCUAUCCGAUGGACAGGACCUAUCUUUCACCCGCCACGUCCAAUACGCCUUCGCCAUCUGGUUCGCUCUCCCCCAAUGCUGAGCCGACGUCGGCAUCGCUUGCUGUACCCAAGGUGGCUAUUGGUGGUGGUAGCGGAUGGCCGCUCAGCCCCCAGGGUUCUUCUUCGAGCGUCGUCAGUACGCCGUCGAUCACAUCCGCGUCCAGUCCUUCGCAGUGUCCCUCUUCGCCUUCAGAGCUGUCGGAUAGCCUGCGCUCGAUUCAUCAACUGGCACCGGGCAACCGACCCACGUUGGACAGUGUGGAUUAUUCCUACUUUUUGCAGAGGUUCUGCUACUACACUGGCAGCGAGCUCCCUGUGGAUCGACAUGGGAUGAACCUUGCAUAUGGAAGUAGCUACCAUCGACAGACACAAUCCGACUCAUUGCCGUACCGCCGUCACUCGCUCGAGACGGUGCCCACAGUCUAUGCGGAAAGUCGAACGGGGAUCGAAGUCGCAGUGUCGCCUGGCUACGACGCGUCUGUUGUCAUCAAUGAGGCACCGUGGGUAGACGAACGCUCGACGUUGGGCCCGGUUGAGAGCCGAGUGCCCAACGCAACCAUUGUCGAAGCAAGUGCCGAUGGUGCUGGCUGGUCGAGUGGAUCUGGCCACACGACGCCGACGCGCUCUCCCAAGCCGGCGAAGCGCCAUCUGGUCAUGACCGCAAUCGAAUCGAGUCCUAGCAAGCAAUCGUCGACGACACCACGGCCCGAGGUUGCUGCAGUCGACGUCGAAGCGACGCCACGUCUGACGACAGAUUACUUUGCGCGACCACACCGCGGAUCGCUCUAA